CGAUCUCUCAAUAGCAAAAUAAAAAAUAGAAAUUAAAGAAAAGCCAUUUAUAUGAAAAAUUACACCAGCUAGCACCGGCGUCGACGUGGCAACUGAAAAAAUUACACCAGGUAGCACUGGCAUCGACGCGGCAAGUCGCCACGCCGAAAUAUCCCGAGCACGAUCAGAGCUGCUAGCACCACGUUCACUCACAAUUCCCCACCAAAAACGUAAGCGUCAACCGUGGCAUGCUGCACUUUGACAAUCACCCCUAAUCACAACUGCACUGCACAAGGAGGCCUGCGCUCUAUUUCUAUACGUGCAAUGGAAUUCAGGGAGGAGGACGGGGACGGCGCCGGCGCCGCGCCCGUGGCACUCCAUCACCACAGCACGACCACCGCGAACCGGGCGGCGCCGGUGGGCAUGCACGCCCCCGAGCCGAGGCGCCAGCAGACGCAGCAGCAGUACCACGAGUGCCUCCGCAACCACGCGGCAGCCGCUGGCGGGCACGUCGUGGACGGCUGCUGCGAGUUCAUGGCGGCCUCCCCCGACGACCCGCUCACCUGCGCUGCCUGCGGCUGCCACCGCAGCUUCCACCGCCGCGGCGACACAUCUCUGCCGCUGCUGGCCGCCGCCGCCAACACGCGCGCUGCAGCACCACCGCUGCUGCUGCCGGCCGGCAACAGCAAGCAGCAGCAGCGCCUGGCGCCGUUCCUCCCCUACGGCCUGGCGCCCAGCGCGGGCGCGACGACGACCGAGUCCUCCAGCGAGGAGCGGCGUGGGCCGGCCACGACGGCGCCGCGGAGGCGGUCCAGGACGACGUUCACGCGGGAGCAGAAGGAGCAGAUGCUGGCGUUCGCGGAGCGCGUCGGGUGGAGGAUGCAGCGGCAGGACGAGGCGAGCGUGGAGCGGUUCUGCGCGGAGGCCGGGGUCCGGAGGCAGGCGCUCAAGGUAUGGAUGCAUAACAACAAGCAGAGUAGUGGCACCGGUAGGAGGCAGCUGCAGAAGCCUUCAGGAGCAUAGACAAGAGUGAUCGAGUAGCAGCGGUAGCCAUGGAGACAUGUUCCACAGAAAGGAGGCACGGUUUCCUACCGUGCGUCCAGGAAAAGGAUUAAUAAACUAGCGGAGUAACCCUCUGGUCAUUUGAUCUUAAUUACUUCCCUUUUCUUCUUAAUUGGGCUGACCAGUCUCACUUCUCACUCAAUUAUAGUAAUAUACGGUCAUGUAUGGUAGGGGUAUUGGUUAUUUCAUUGGGAUAUAAGUUUUGUUUCCUUUGUGCACAUUUUUAUUUGAAGAAAGUUCGUGAGAGUGUGUGCGCGAGACGCGCAUAAUGGA